CUGAAAUUAGGGUUUGGGAUUUUGAAUUUCUUUUUUCAGAUUUGCUGAGAUCGAUUUGUGAGGUAUCGAGCAAUUCAAGUUCCUACCUCUUUCGAUCUCCUUGCUGACUACUGUAAAGAACAGUGCAAGUCUCAUUCAGUUUAGUCACAAUUUGAUUGUAAUUAGUAUCAAUUUCUUUGAUUACGGACUGAAUCGUGUCCCUCAGAAGAAUGGGUCGAUACAAAGAUGAGUCCCCAGCUGUUAGGGUUUAUACAGUUUGCGAUGAAUCAAGAUACUUGAUAGUACGUAAUGUCCCAGCUUUGGGUUGUGGUGACGAUCUCAUGAGAUUAUUCAUGACUUAUGGAGAGGUUGAAGAAUGUAAACCUAUGGAUGCAGAAGACUGUGAGGAGUUCACCGAUGUCUAUUGGAUCAAGUUUCGUCUCAUCACUAAUGCUAGAUUUGCAAAGAGGAAGUUGGAUGAAUCAGCUUUCUUGGGUAAUCGGCUCCAAAUUUCAUAUGCUCCUCAAUUUGAGAGCCUCAAUGACACAAAGGAUAAGUUAGAAACCAGGAGGAAAGAAGUGCUUGCAAGACUGAACCCCCAGAAAGAAAAGAGCACCUCUCAAGUUACAAAAUUAGGUGGACCAGCUUUGACACAAACGGACAAUUUCUCCCCACAAAGGAGAGAGUUGGAUUACCAAUUCCAUAGAAGAAAUGCUCCUGUUUCUCGAGUUUCUUCUAACCAGGAGUAUUUUGCGUCCUCUUCAAUGAAUCAAACAGUUAAUACCGUCAGGGAGAAACUCAAUAAGAUUGAAGAAAGUGGUAACCAAAAGAGGUUACAACCGAGCAGCCAAACACCACAACCUGACCUCAAGAGAACACGAGUCGAUAACCGAAGAAGGAUCUAACUCAAUGUUUUGUUUGUCAUCAUAUCUGUUUCUUGGGAUUGGUCAGCUAAUUUUAAAAGAAAGUAAUUCAUGUGUAACUUACUUUGGUCAUGAUAGUGUUCUACCAAGAUAGUAGUGAUUGUGAAUAUUUGUAAUUUGUGCCUAUCAUGAUCCAACUUUCAAAUCAUCAAACCAUCUAAACCAAAAUUGUACCAAACUAAUUCGUAAUGAUUUUGGUUUCAA